AGUAAUAGUGAUUAGUGUUCUGUGCAGUUACAUUAACGCGAAGUUUUGAUGUUUCUAUUUUAAUAAUAAACUAUUAAGUCAAGUAAUAUUUAUUACAUGUAAUUAAGCAAAGAAUUCUCAAUUCUUGAAAGCUGUUAGUAAUUGGUUUAUUAAUUACCGAGUAUAAGUUAAUAAUGUUAGUUAUUGUUCAAUAAGCAACUAUUACCGAAACAUUUGCGUCGUGUAGUUUAUUAAUAUAAAUUACAACGCAAUGACAUCGCUAAAUUCAAUGUUUAGGAUUUUAUUAAUAUAUUUCUCGAUUAUUUCGACUAUUGUGCAUGGUCAAGAUGUCUGCGUCAAAAAGGGGCCUUGCACUUGCGAGUAUUCCAAUGGGACCGGCGUAGAUUUGUCACCUGCGGCUAAAGCCACAUUUUACACCACUCAAACUUAUGAGUUAAGAAUGGCUGGUGCUGAGUACGCUCUUAGUACAUAUUUCUACCAUCCUUGCUACGAUGUUACGCCAAGUGUUAACAGCACAAAACCAGGUGGUUGCGACAGCGCAUUAUCGUUAUGUAGGCAAUCAACUCACUUCAACUAUAAUGCAACAAUACAAGGAUUUUUAUCUGAUGGUGGCACCUAUGAAAAAAUGGGAGAUACAAAUGGAUCAACCUUUAGUGCUGAUGGAAAAUCUAUUAUUUACUCAAAUAUUCCAUCAUCAACUAUAGUGAUGCUGGUGUGUGCUGAAGCAGAAGGGGAACUGAAUGUGAUCUCUCUUAUGGAUCCUAACAAAAUAGUACUAGCAUUCUAUUCAAGACAUGCAUGUCUAAAAGUGAUUGAAGAAUCUGGAAGGUCUCUCGGUUCUACACUUCUAAUUAUUUUCUUCUCUUGUGUGAUUUUCUAUCUGGUCCUCGGAAUUUGUACCAAGAAAUUCCUGAUGGGAGCGACUGGAUUAGAAGUCAUACCAAAUCUAGCUUUUUGGAGUGAUCUACCUAAUCUUGUCAGAGAUGGUUGGGCAUUUGCUAUCAACGGCUUCAAGUUGCCGGCCCGUUCUGGUCCUGUGAGUUCACCGGACCCCAACAGCUAUGACAGCAUAUAACAGCAGGAUCUACAAGGACUUCAGCUCCUCAUACAGUAAGGAAGUUCUCGGAAUAGUGCUGUCUACGAACAUUCGUUGAUUUUGGACCACUUUUGUAGCUCUGUUCUAGGUUAUGUCUAUAUUAUUUAAUUAGAAAAGAUUGCGUCUUCGUAGAUGGCACUAGUUUUCAAAAGACACGUCUAUACACUGCUCGAUACAUUUGGGAGUUAAAAAGACGAUUUAAUAUAAGAUUACGAUAUUUUGAAAUUACGUUUUUUUUUUAUUUCAAAGAAAAUUCGCGUUCACAAUAUUCGCAUCUAUUCAGUUUUUUUAUGGAAAUUAGUUUAGUCGCGAUUCGUCAAAUAUCGUUAGUUAAUAAUAAUAUUAGCGAAUUUAAUAAUUCAAUAAUUAAAGACAUCAAUAAAACGUAUUCAUUGUGUUGAUUCGAGAUUUGAGGUCAAUGAAGUUUUCUUUUUCAAUUUCAGUCCAAUAUCGUCCAAAAAAAUACGAAUCGCGGAAAAUUACGAUAAAAGCUGAAUUCUUUUUCGGUCGGCUUAUUUUUUUGUUAAAAAAAAAUAUUAAGAGUAUGUUUUAUGAAUUGUUAAAUUAAAAUAAUGGGCCCUAAAUAACAUAUCGUAUAAUAACUGAAAUGUUACCUUACUGUUAAAAAAAGCGAAAUCAUUUUUUUUCGUGUUAUUUUUUAUACCAAAGAGAUUUAAAUAUCUCUGGUUCUAGUAAAAAUAGUUUGUUUAUUCUGUUGUAUGCUAAAUGACCGCUAUAUAAUUAAAUCUUCACCGAAAUCAUUCACCCUCACUAGUCUAGUUUGCAUAACACCAUAAAUAGAGAAAACGAUAGAGAUUUUAUAAAGCUCUUAAAAUAUUUUAACGGAAAAUUUAAUUUUAAUCAAUAAAUUUAUCGAGUCCCUUCGUACUUUGCAUGAAUAUUGAUAACAAAAGUCAAAGUCAAAAAUAAUUUAUUCAUAUAGCUAACACAAUGUACACUUAUGAACGUCAAAAAAAAGAAAUAUAUAUGAAAUGCUUUUUAUUUUACAUUUACUGCCAGUACUAUUUACAAGCAAAUAAUAAUUAUUUCGUGGUUGAAAUAAAAUGGUUCACAAUGCCAAUACGCGUAACGGCAGCAAAACCCUUCAAUGAUGAAGUGGGAAAUAAGAGAUACGAUGGCAGGACUACGAAUUUUUUUGGGCCUUAUUAAAAUAUUAUGUUUACUAAUACAUACACGUUAUAAGCACCUUUUAGUUAAAUACUGAUAACGAAGAUUUAAACAAAUGAAACAUGAAUCAUUCUGAACCUUCUUUCUUUCCGCAAAAAAACUAUAACUGUAAAAGCCAGCAACGCAAAAACAUCCGGC